GUUAACUGUAUUGUCAGUUUACUUCCUUGUAGAGUUGAGUUACAUGUAUACUGUGUACAGUAGACUCACACCCUGUGUUUGCCGCUGUUAUGUCUGUGUGUAAUGUUGUUACGCUUUGGUUUUGUAUUUUGACUACGUGUGAAUUCGCCUCAGGAUUACGACAAUAUGGGAUUAACGUGAUAGCAACACGUACCUACUUUCGUGUGUACUCCUCUACAAGCUGUGGGUUUCUUUGGAUUGGUCGAUGUUCAAGAUACAGUCGACAGUCACGGCUGACUUUCCAGUGCAAGCCAGGGUACAGAUCAGAUGAUAACAUAGGAUGUCCACACAAGACCUGUUCCUGGCGUAGUGACAGUACCAGAUGUUAUCCAGGAACCUGCAAGGGAGAGUAUGCUAGCAGCUGUUCCUGUUCAAGUGGCUUCACUGGACAACACUGCCAGACAAUAACAACAGAACCGACGAUAAACUCCAACGUCUUUCGUUUGACCACCAGCAAUGGGAACACAGCCAGGGAACCUUCCAUCAUCAACAGUGGCCAAAUUCAGUCCACCACCUGGUCAAACAUCAGGUCUCCAUCCAGAAUGUACUACAAGUUUACGGCAAAAUACAAAAUGGUACCUCCAUCCAGACAUGCCUUCAUUGAAGACUUCCGUGUUGGAAUUGUCGGCGGCUCCGCAUCAUUCAAACUGAAAAGACGGCGGCGUGUUGUUUCAACCAAGGUGUCUGUCUGUGGAGGAGCCAGUCAAAGCAGCCCGGAGGCAGACCUGUUUACCUGUGAAGGAAACCGAUCAGUGACGUCUGUACUAACUCUACCCUUCCAAGACAAAGACGUUAUUGUGGUUUCCUACAAGGCGAACAACGGUGGAUAUGUUAAAGUCCGCAACAAAGAGACAAAGAACCUUGCGACCUUCUACUACAGCGGUGCAUCACAGACCCGUACAUUUACUAUGACCAUUGACCUGGUGCUUCCCUAUCACUGUACGGGUAGUUCUACCUGUGUUGGCAGCAUGUUGACAGCUCCAAAUGCUAUCACAACAUCCACAUUGAACCUCCGCUGGAGUGGCUGGUCGGAUACUGAUGCAGGAGUCGACCACUUUGUGAGGGAAAUGUAUGAACUCCACGCUGUUGGGGAUGUACUCAGAGAUAAACGUCGGAUAGACAAAAGGUCUUUUACAAGCUCCAAGACCAGCGACAAGUUCAGAGUCUCCAAACCCGGGGUGUUUUCUGUAAUCUUGUCUGUCUAUGACAAGGCAGGUAAUUACAGACGUACUCGACGAAUUGUGGUGUACGAUGGUACUUCAACUGUAACAGCUCAGGCUAAUAAAAAACUACGUGUGAUGACAACAUCGGCCGAAGCGUCAGCGUGGCAAACGACCUCAUCUGCAUUGACCAUAGACUGGACCAACAGAUACAUCAACACAGUCCACCACAACAACAAGUGGCUCCUUGGUGUGGCUUCACUGGGUGACAUCAGUUCGGACUAUGACGAUAACGAGGGAAGCAGAGGUAUAGGUGAAGUCAGAAAUGUUCAAGGAAUCACACGUUUCCGAACAUCUUACAAAGUCGACCACCAAGGAGGGUCGUCCAUCACCAGUCCACCAGAUGAUAACCUGUUCACCAGUCAAGGUUUGAAUCAGUCAGAGACCAUUACACACACACUAGUGGACGGGGACACUGUUCGCUUCUGGGUACGAGCCUAUGACAUCUUAUCGGACAUGACAGAGGAACAUGUGACAGUCCACAUCGACACAUCACCUCCAGUCAUGGAGAACCUUUGGCUAACGAGGAGCGGCAGUCUCAACAUCAGUGUACAUCGGGUAGAGGAACUUCAUGACGUAAUAAUGGAGUUUGAUGUGCACGAUGAACACAGUGGAGUGGAAAAGGUGGAAUGGAGAGUCGUAGAAAAACAACAAGACGAGGACAUUGUGUUAGCUGUCCAUGACAUCUCUAUUCAAAGCCACCUGACUCUGGAUGACUGCAACACCAUGCAUGAUGCAAGAGAUGGAAACUGUUAUUGUACUCCAGCUGGCACAUGUUAUCAUCCCCACUUCCAAGUGAAACCAGCCCUGGCAGACAUAAGGGACGUCAAGCUGGCUGAAGGAAAUGAAUACUGGUUUCAAGUCACAGCCACAAAUUAUGCUAAACUCAAAAGUGAACAGAAAGUAAAGAUCCAAAUGGAUGCAAGCCCCCCUCAGCCAGGCUUCGUCGACGAUGGUCUGUCUGGACAACCGGAAGUAGACUCUCAGAACAGUCUACAGCUCCACGCCCACUGGGAAGGAUUCUUUGACAGAGAGAGUGCAAUUGCCUUCUACCAGUACACGUUCGGACCAAGAUGUCUUCAGGGACACGAGUUUGACCUCAACAAAACCCAAAACAUGGAAUCAACACGCACUACUGAAGUCACAUGGGCAGCACCGUCUUGUGGAACGUUUUACAUAACUGUGGUCGCCUAUAAUGGAGCUCAGCAGAGAAGCGAUGCGGUUUGUUCAGAUGGAGUGGAGACGUGCAAGCCCUCUCCUAUCUUCAGUAAAUCAGAAGGUAACUCAAUGGUCGGGAAAAACCUUGUACUCGUGCUGUCGGCUACUGCGUCAGCUGCGGUUGCAGUUGCAGUUGCUGGCAUGGUCGUUGGAGUUGUUGUCUGGAAGAGGAAACGAAGAGGUAACCCGGAGACUUCUGAUCAAGCUGUGUACUACAACACAGGGUCAUCUAAAAAUGAUAAACCUAAGAAGAAAAAACUGAGAGACAAAAGGAUUAAACCUGAAGCGAAGGCGUAUGACACGCUAGACGUAAACACACGCGAAACAGUCCCGGAGGAAGAACCAUACUGUUCUAUACAGACCUCUGGGUCGGACCAAACAGAAAUGUAUGAACCCGUGGAAUGUCAGAUAGAGGUUAACAGUGGCGAACCAGACCCUGUUACGUCCAACAGUACAUCAGAUGCCUUAUAUGAAGAAAUCUGAAAUCUAAAUGAACUGUCACACACACGUGACCAAGCUAUCCAGACCAAGCGAUCUAGUAAAGCCAGAUUUGGUGCCUUUAACCAGCCUGUCCUACAUUACAGUAUCUGAAACAAAGAUUUACUAUAAUCAGUGUCCAUUCAUCUGUUUGAUAGAAUAGCAACAUCUCUCUCUCUCUUCUGUCAGUAUUCGGGAAGCAAUUCUUCCAACAUCCUCGUGUAUUCCUUAUUGUGAAUAUUUUUCGCUCUUUAAAAGCAGCAGCAUUUGCACAUAUAUAUCGCAAUAACGAUGAAAUGAGGUAGCAGGGAAAUGCUUAUUUGUCAAGUGUUCAAACUUAAGUACCAGGGCCCCUUUUCACAAUCCUCUCAUAAGCCUAAAAUCUCGUAACUGUUCUCGUAGCAUUUGUACUUUCCUAUACUGUAAGAUUGACUUAGAUACUGUCGUAGCGCUACGAGAGCUUUGUGAAACGGGGCCCAGGUGUAAGUUCUGAGGCCAAGAUUUAAAUUGUGCAACAUUUUUGCGCAUAUUUUGACAUACGUAGCCCGUACUGUCAACAGCAAAAUAGUUUUGUUGUUGUUGAAGCUGUUCACUUGAGGUCAUUAACAUACUUGGAACACCGCACUCAGCAAUAUCCCAGCUAUAUCGCGGCGGUCUGUAGUUAAUCGAGUGUGGACAAGACAAUCCAGUGAACAAAGGCGUGGGCAUCGAUCUCCGAUGACAUGAUUGUGUCAACCAAGUCAGCAAGUCUGACCUCCCGACCCCAACAGCCGCCUCUUACGACAAGCAUGGGUUACUGAAGACCAAUUCUAACCCAGAUCUUCGCGGGUCUCAUUAAAAUUUACUUUCUUGUGAUAAUAACAAAUGAUAUGAUAAAUAACCCAUCCUUAUUUUGAUGUCAUGGAAACAGGAUACUAAAUAGAAAUGAAAUGUUUUUACAGAUAUGGCACUAUUGACUUUGAAGUGAGAACAUAUAAUUAUAUUAUAAAUACAUGCGUCUAUAAAUUAAACGUUUCUAACCAUAUAUAUUUGUAUUUGGUAAAUUAUGAUUAUUCACUCAUGCUUUCUGCUUCGUUUCACUGCUGUUUCAUGUCUAUUAACCAAAAUACGAAUAGCUCCAUGCUUUAAUACCAUUGUGAAAGUGAGAUAUUCUGACUUCUAUUGCAUAAAAUGCAAAUCACAGCUCUGAAAUUCUUCAAUUGCUAAAAUCUCUACCUAAAUACACAGUAAAUUAUGAUGGGACACGAUAUUUACCCUCUCAUCACUCGUUUCUUAUAUUGUUAUAUUUCUUUAUUGUCAUAUUGUCAUCUUAUCUGUCAGUUGUCACAGCCCAUUGCUAUGUUUCCAUAAAACAUAUUUGGCCUCUUUCCCGUCAGCUCCAUUAGUUUGCUUGUUUUGUUUCUUUGAGAAAAUAAAAGCUGUUCUGAACUA